AUGCGGCUAAGAAGCAAAAAGAGGGAGCAACGGCUCUCAAAGCGAAUCUCACAGAAAGUGUCAAAAAUAAAACAAAAGUCACCAAAUACACUAUUACUCAAGAAGAACAAGUGGAAGAAGAUUUUAAAUGACGAUAAAGUGUUGUCAUCUGAAAUUAUUCACUGUACUCGGUCCAGAUAUGCACUAGGGUUAAAAACACGACCAGUGAGAACAAAAAUCAUUAAAAUGGAGAAACCAGUUGAUCAAAAGAAAAAGGAUGAUGUCAAGAAGCCAAUAUUUCAGACAGUUGUCCGGAACACUGCUAAAGAUACAGUUACAUCAUCAACACCAGUGAAAGUUAAGGAAAAGACAUCAAAGACAAAGCUGAAGGAAGUCAGAAUGACCAGAAGUGUGCAGCUCCGACAAAGUUCUUUGAACCGUGAACUUAGAAAAACAGAGUCGGUCUCCUCAGCACUUAGUUCACCGCGUAAAACGCGACGAAUGGACAAAACCGAGAAAUCAGCAUCUUUAAAUAGCUCACCGAUCCGUAAAGUCAGGCAAAUGGGUACUCCCUCACCCAGACUGAAUAAAAUAGCCAUUAGCUCCACAAAUGAGAGUCCAAAAAAGAAAAUGAAACCAAAAGAUCCCACACCUGAACCGAGCUUUCCUGAAGAUAAUGAUGUGACUAUGUAUGAACCGCAUACAACCACUUCAGAUUUAAAAGAUGAGUCUGAUUCUGAUGGCCAAGUUGAAUCCACAGAGCUGUGCUUGCCAAAUGACUGUUUGAAUGACUUCAUGGCGAUAGAAUGUGUACGUUUGAUGAACGAAGGGAUAUCCACUGACCAUGAUAUUAACAUGUUAGCAGAUAAAGCAGCCAGAGUCAUGACAACAGAUAAAGAAGAACGAAAUUCAGUAGACAAGAAGAAGAGGUGGAAAUCUAGUAAUGAUUUGGAAAUGUAUCAACCGACAUCGACGACAGACGACUUGGAUGUAUGUACAGAUUUUUUGACAACUGACGAAAAAUAUGUACAGCCAGACUUUGUCUCUUUGCUGGAACAAGAUGGCUAUGUCCGCGACUCCGAAUGCGAGAUUUCGUCUACAUGUGAACAGGGUACUGCUAUAGAGAGUCUCGAAGCACUGUCAGCUCGGAGCCCCAGCAGUGGAUUUCUGGCUGAAAUCAGCCAGAGCUUGGCUGCAGAGGCUAACGGUUGGAGUGCUGAAAUUGUAGCUGACGAGAAUUCUUUGAAUUGUCACGAUGAAAUUACCCCGGACAUCGAGGAGGAAGCCGUAGAUGUCAUUACUUCAUGUAGUACAAGAGUGGACUGUGAGCAAAUAUCUUCGUGGGCCGAAGCAUUCGAUCCAUAUCUAUUCAUUAAACAGCUUCCACCACUGGAGAGUGUGGCGACGGGAGCAUUGCGAGCUAGGUAUCCCGCCCUGCCAUUGAAGACUAGAACUAGCCCCGACUUUAGUUUAGUGCUGGAUUUAGACGAGACCUUAGUGCACUGUUCUCUGCAAGAGUUGCCAGAUGCGAGCUUCCAUUUUCCCGUCCUCUUCCAAGAUUGUCGUUAUACGGUGUUUGUGCGCACGCGACCCCACUUCGCUCAGUUCCUGUCGCGCGUCUCUCGGCUCUACGAGGUCAUUUUGUUCACCGCGAGCAAGCGAGUCUACGCAGACAGGCUGCUCAACCUGCUCGACCCGCAGAGGCGAUGGAUUAAAUACAGAUUAUUCCGCGAACAUUGUCUUCUUGUGAACGGAAACUAUGUCAAAGAUCUCUCCAUUUUGGGAAGGGAUCUGCGCAAGACUGUAAUAGUCGACAAUAGUCCACAGGCGUUUGGUUAUCAACUUGAGAACGGAAUCCCGAUAGAUAGCUGGUUCGUAGACAAGAGUGACAACGAAUUAUUAAAGCUGAUUCCGUUCUUGGAGCACCUUGCUACUAAAGAUGACGUGCGGCCGUACAUCCGAGACAAAUACAAGCUCUUCAGUUACUUACCACCGGAUUAA